AUGAUUAUGAAGAGUAAGCAGGAGGAAUCUUCUCUACAUAUGGACACAAAUGGAAGACAUGUCUGGAAUACUACGGAGAGAAAUCUUAUUUUAUCUACAGACUCUUAUGAAGGAGAUGAUGACAUCACACAACAUUCUCUAGGAGUGAAUCCCAUUACUCAUAAUAAACAUCACAGACCUUCCCAUUCAGAGCCAUCAGUGGAUCCGUCUAAUCCUGAGGAAUCUUCUGACCAAUCACAGACUGUUACUCCAGAUAUCUAUCUGAGAUCUCACAAUAGAGAAACAUCAACCUAUCCAUCUAAUCCCGGGGAAUCUUUAUGUUAUGGAGCUCACACAGGAGAAAGUUCAUUGAACAUAGCACUUGUUAGUCUCAAGAAAAAGAACACCGCUGAGCGUCUUUAUUCAUGUCCAGAGUGUGGAAAAUCUUUUGUUAAGAAAGGAGACCUCUUAAGACACCAAAUAAUUCACACGGCUGAGCAUCCUUUUACCUGUUCAAAGUGUGGGAAAAGUUUCACUGAGAAAGGGACACUUAUUGGUCACCAGAGAAGCCACAUUGGUGAGCGUUCCUAUCCCUGUUCAGAGUGUGGGAAAAGUCUCAGUACUAAAGGAAAACUUAUUGUACACCAGAGAGGUCACACGGGAGAACAGCCCUUUUUCUGUUCAGAGUGUGGGAAACGUUUCACUGAGAAAGGAAAACUUAUUAGACACCAGAGAAGUCACACGGGUGAGCGUCCUUUUACCUGUUUAGUCUGUGGAAAAUGCUUUACAGAGAAAGGGAAGCUUACUAUACACCAUAGAAUUCACACUGGAGAGCGUCCUUUCUCCUGUUCAGAGUGCGGGAAAAGUUUUACUCAGCAUGGAGACCUUUUAAGACACCAGAGAGUUCACACAGGUGAGCGUCCUUUUACCUGUUUAAAAUGUGGAAAAAGUUUCUCUGUGAAAGGAAAACUCAUUGCGCACCAUAGAUGCCACACGGGUGAGCGUCCAUUUUCCUGCUCAGAUUGUGGCAAAUGUUUCACUGAGAAAGGAUCAGUUACUAGGCACCAGAGAAUUCAUACUGGUCAGAGUCCUUAUUCCUGUUCAGAGUGUGGGAAAAGUUUCAGUUCUAAAGGAAACCUUUUUGAACACCAGAGAAGUCACACAGGUGAGCAACCAUUUUCCUGUUCAGAGUGCGGGAAAUGUUUCACUGAUAAAGGAAAAGCUAUAAGACACCAGAGAAGGCACAUGGGUGAGCGUCCUUUUACCUGUUCAGAUUGCGGAAAAUGCUUUACUGAGAAAGGAAAACUUAUUGUUCACCAGAGAAUUCACACGGGCGAGCGUCCUUUUUGCUGUUCAGAGUAUUGUGGGAAAUGCUUCAGUCGCAAAGAAAAACUUGUUGUACACCAGAGAAUUCACACAGGCGAGCGUCCUUAUUCGUGCUCAGUGUGCGGGAAAAGUUUCAGCCGUAAAGAAAAACUUGUUGUACACCAGAGAAUUCACAGUGACGAGCGUCCUUAUUCCUGUUCAGAGUGCGGGAAAAGUUUCAACGAGCAAAGAAAUCUUACGUUACACCAGAGAAUACACACUGGUGAGCGUCCUUUUUCCUGUUCAGAAUGCGGGAAAAGUUUUACUCAGAACAGUAUACUACUUAGACACCAGAUUAUUCACACGGGUGAAAAGUCUUUUUCAUGUUUGGAGUGCGGGAAACGUUUCACUAGGAAAGGAAGUCUAGUCGUGCACCAGAAAAUUCACACGGAUGAGCGUCCUUAUUCAUGUCCAGCGUGUGGAAAAUGUUUCAUUCGCAAAGCAGACUUUGUUAAACACCAGAAGAUUCACACAGGUGAACGUCCUUAUCCAUGUUCAGAGUGUGGGAAAUCAUUCAUUCAAAAAGGAGUCCUUGUUAUACACCAGAGAAUUCACACAGGUGAGCGUCCUUAUUCAUGUUCAGAGUGCGGGAAAUCAUUCAUUCAAAAAGGAGACCUUGUUAUACAUCAGAGAAUUCACACUGGUGGGCGUCCUUAUUUAUGUUCAGAGUGCGGGAAAUCUUUCACUCAGAAAGGAGCCCUUGUUAUACAUCAGAAAAUUCACACAGGUGACCGACCUUACUCAUGUUCAGAGUGCGGGAAAUCUUUCACUCAUAAAGGAGCCCUUGUUAUACACCAGAAAAUUCACACUGAUGAGCGUCUUUAUUCAUGUUCAGAGUGCGGGAAAUCAUUCACUCAUAAAGGAGCCCUUGUUAUACACCAGAAAAUUCACACAGGUGAGCGUCCUUAUUCAUGUUCAGAGUGCGGGAAAUCAUUCAUUCAUAAAGCAGUACUUGUUCAACACCAGAAAAUUCACACAGGUGAACGACCUUAUUCAUGUUCAGAGUGCUGGAAAUCAUUCACUCGUAAAAGAACCCUUGUUCAUCACCAGAAAAUUCACACAGGUGAGCGGCCUUAUUCAUGUUCAGAGUGCGGGAAAUCAUUCACUCGUAAAAGAACCCUUGUUCAUCACCAGAAAAUUCACACAGGUGAGCGGCCUUAUUCAUGUUCAGAGUGCGGGAAAUCAUUCACUCGUAAAAGAACCCUUGUUCAUCACCAGAAAAUUCACACAGGUGAGCGGCCUUAUUCAUGUUCAGAGUGCGGGAAAUCAUUCACUCGUAAAAGAACCCUUGUUCAUCACCAGAAAAUUCACACAGGUGAGCGGCCUUAUUCAUGUUCAGAGUGCGGGAAAUCAUUCAGUUAUAAAGAUCAACUUGUUAAACACCAGAAAAUUCACACAGGUGAGAGUCCUUAUUCCUGUUCAGAGUGCGGGAAAUCAUUCACUGAGAAAAGAACCCUUGUUAUACACCAGAGAAUUCACACUGGUGAGUGUCCUUAUUCAUGUUCAGAGUGCGGGAAAUCUUUCACUCAGAAAAGAUACCUUGUUAUACACCAGAGAAUUCACACAGGUGAGCGUCCUUAUUCAUGUUCAGUGUGCGGGAAAUCUUUCAAUUACAAAGGAACCCUUGUUACCCACCAUAAAAUUCACACUGAUGAGCGUCCUUAUUCAUGUUCAGUGUGCGGGAAAUCAUUCACUAAGAAAAGAACCCUUGUUACCCACCAUAAAAUUCACACAGGUGAGCAUCCUUAUUCAUGUUCAGAGUGCGGGAAAUAUUUCACUAAGAAAGGAGGCCUUGUUAUACACCAGAGAAUUCACACUGGUGAGCGUCCUUAUUCAUGUUCAGAGUGCGGGAAAUCUUUCACUCGGAAAGCAACCCUUGUUAACCACCAUAAAAUUCACAUGGGUGAGCGUCCUUAUUCAUGUUCAGAGUGCGGGAAAUCAUUCAUUAAGAAAGGAGACCUUGUUACACACCGGAGAAGUCACACGGGUGAACGUUCUUAUGCAUGUUCAGAGUGCGGGAAAUCAUUCAUUCAAAAAGGAGACUUUGUUAUACACCAGAAAAUUCACACAGGUGAGCGUCCUUAUGCAUGUUCAGAGUGCGGGAAGUCAUUCACUCGUAAAGGAGCCCUUGUUAUACACCAGAGAAGUCACACGGGUGAGCGUCCUUAUUCAUGUUCAGAGUGCGGGAAGUCAUUCACUCGUAAAGGAGCCCUUGUUAUACACCAGAGAAGUCACACGGGUGAGCGUCCUUAUUCAUGUUCAGAGUGCGGGAAGUCAUUCACUCGUAAAGGAGCCCUUGUUAUACACCAGAGAAGUCACACGGGUGAGCGUCCUUAUUCAUGUUCAGAGUGCGGGAAGUCAUUCACUCGUAAAGGAGCCCUUGUUAUACACCAGAGAAGUCACACGGGUGAGCGUCCUUAUUCAUGUUCAGAGUGCGGGAAGUCAUUCACUCGUAAAGGAGCCCUUGUUAUACACCAGAGAAGUCACACGGGUGAGCGUCCUUAUUCAUGUUCAGAGUGCGGGAAAUCUUUCACUCAGAAAGGACACCUUGUAGGCCACCUGAGAAUUCACACUGGUGAGAGUCCUUUUUCUUGUUCAGAGUGCGGGAAAUCAUUCAUUCAUAAAGGAGACCUUGUUCACCACAUGAGAAUUCACACUGGUGAGAGUCCUUUUUCUUGUUCAGAGUGCGGGAAAUCUUUCACUGAUAAAAGAGUCCUUAAUAGACACAAAAGAAUUCACACGGGUGAGCGUCCUUAUUCAUGUUCAGAGUGCGGGAAAUCUUUCACUCAGAAAACAUACCUUAUUCUACACCAGAGAAUUCACACUGAUGAGCUUCCUUAUUCAUGUUCAGAGUGCGGGAAAUCUUUCAAUCAGAAAGGAACCCUUGUUACCCACCAUAAAAUUCACACUGGUGAGCGUCCCUACUCGUGUUCAGAGUGCGGUAAAACAUUUACUGAGAAAAGAACCCUUGUUAACCACCAUAAAAUUCACACAGGUGAGCGUCCUUAUUCAUGUUCAGACUACAGCAAAUCUUCCACCGAGAAACAAACUGCGGAGUGUCCUCACUGA